CGGUAGAGGAGGAGACCGACGUGUCGGCUUUAGCUCCGGUGCCAUCCAGGUCCAUCCCGCAGCAGAGCGCUUCAGUCCGGUUAGACGACAAGGUGCAGGGGGCGGGAAAGAGGGCACAUGAAGCUUGUCUUUUUUUAAUUCAAUGUUCGACAUAACAGAGCUGCGCUGAGAAACGUGACGGCUUUUCUAAGUGAGCCCAGAGACAUACCCACAGCGGAACCACUAUGUCCAAGGAGACAAGAGGCAAAGGUAUUCGAAAGCACAGCGGCCCACAUUGGUGUCUGCAGAAUAUUGCACAAGAGUCUGUAGACAGCUCUGAUGAGGAGUUUUUUGACGCUAGAGAUGUUAUGGAGGGGAAGAACGCCAUCCUGCUGGGCAUGAGUCAGUGGAACUCCAAUGACCUGGUGGAGCAGAUCGAAACCCUGGGACACAUGGAGGACCAGACACAUGAAAACUUGUACCAGCUGAGAGGUCCACACUGUGCCCCCCAGAGCAGCAUCGAGGGUCAAGAGGACAUGGAGAACAAAUGUAAGACGCAUGUUCUGCUGCUGGUGGUCCAUGGGGGGAACAUCCUGGACACGGCAGGUGGAGACCCCAACACGAAGGCAGGUGAUGUGGCCACUCUGUCGUCUGUGCUGGAGAAGGUGACACGGGCGCACUUCCAGGCCGCGGUUGAACACGUGAUGAUCAAACUGGUGCCAUGUCCAGCUGUGUGCGCCGAAGCCUUCUCCCUGGUCUCCAAUCUAAACCCAUACAGCUAUGAUGAGAGCUGUGUCUCCAGCAGUGUGGACCAUCUCCCUCUUGCAGCACUCCCUCUCCUCGCCAUUGUCUCACCUCGAUACCAGGAUGCCGUGGCAACCGUGAUCGCCAGGGCCAACCAGGUGUACCGCAGCUUCCUCCAGUCUGAGGACGGACAGGGCUUUACUGGUCAGGUCUGCCUUAUGGGAGACUGUGUGGGUGGCGUGCUGUGCUUUGACGCCCUGUGCUUCAGUAACCAUCACAGGACUGGCAGCCCAAACAACAGCAGCAGAAAUAACAGCACCGAGAGCCUGAAGGACAGUUCAUCAGGGCCCCAGAGAGAGUCCAGUCUUGGGUUGAGUUCCAGUAAAAGAUUGAGUAAAAGCAAUAUUGACAUUUCGGCUCCAAACAACGGCCAAGGAGCACCCUCUCUGAGCCGCAAACAGAGUGACUCCUAUGAUGGAGACUCAUCUUCUGCAGGUCAACGUGGCUUUUUCUCCAGUUUGAUGAAGGAGGGAGUAGAGGUGCGUGGUGGCAGUAACCCCAGUUUGGUGUUGAAUCCAGGCCGUUUUGACUUUGAGGUGUCUGAUUGUUUCUUGCUGGGCUGUCCACUGGGCUUGGUGCUGGCCAUGAGGAGGACUGUGCUGCCCAAUGUCCAAGUGAGCCAGCUUCGCCCUGCCUGCUCUCAGAUCUUCAACUUGUUUUACCCUUCGGACCCCUCUGCCUCCAGACUGGAGCCCCUGUUGCAGCCCCUCUUUCACAGGUUACCCCCGUUUGCCGUGCCCCGCUACCAGCGCUACCCCCUCGGAGAUGGUCGCACUAUGCUCUUAGAUGAAAGUAUUCAAGGCCAUUCAAAUGUUUUCUUAAAAAGUGAACAAAGCCCGUCAUCAGAGGGUAAGACUGAAAAAGAGGAGGAAGGAGGACGCAGACCCAGUGUGACCAGUGUGGGAAGUGAAACAUCUGUCUAUUCCAUGAGCCAACUCGGAAACCUAAUCAGCAACAUUUCUAGUACGUGGUGGGGCUCCAAGCGGCUGGACUAUGCUCUGUACUGCCCUGAUGUUCUCACUGCCUUCCCCACAGUGGCUCUGCCUCAUCUUUUCCAUGCCUCCUACUGGGAAUCCACUGAUGUAGCAGCGUUUGUUCUCCGCCAGCUCAUGCGUUGUGACUGCGUGAAGACCCAGGAAGCAGACCAUUUGGACUCAGCUCCUUUCUCUCCAUCCAGUCCACGGGAAAAAUGGCUCAGAAGGAGGACACAUGUUAAAUUGAGGAACGUCACUGCCAACCACAGGGUGAAUGAUGUAAUUGCCACAGAGGAUGGGCCCCAGACGCUGGUGGGCCGCUUCAUGUAUGGCCCAUUGGACAUGGUCACUCUAACAGGAGAAAAGGUGGACAUCUUCCUCAUGACACAGCCACAGUCUGGCCGCUGGGUGCACUUUGACACAGAGGUGACUAAUAGCAGUGGCAGAAUCACAUACACCAUCCCCAAGAGCAAAAGGCUGAGUCUGGGUGUCUAUCCAAUUAAAAUGGUGGUCAAGGGUGAUCAGACGAGUGCAGAGGCCUACCUGACUGUGUUGCCAAGGGGUAUGGAGUGUGUUGUCUUCAGUAUUGAUGGCUCAUUUGCUGCCAGUGUGUCAAUCAUGGGCAGUGACCCUAAGGUCCGCCCCGGAGCUGUGGAUGUUGUCAGGUAAUAGUUACAUAGUAACUGCUGUAUCCUGUCUGUAAAGUGGUGAAUAUACCAAUAAGGCUGCAUUUUGACCCCUUGCUUUAU